UUACAGGCUCAAGUGGUUUCGUGUUUGGAUUUACAAACACACCAACUUCGAUGAGUCGCUAUUGCUACAAAUUCUACCAAUUUGUUAGAUAUACAUUCGAACUUGUUCACUAUCGGGGUUUCAUUUCACAACGACAAUUAAAGGACCGCUGUGCUUGGACAUCGAUAGACAAUAAGCUAAUUUAUUUAGUGGACUAAAUUCUGGGUUGACUGUAGGGUCACAAAAAGGAUGAAAAAACAGUCAGGCUAGUCUGGAUGGUGUAGGCGUAAUUUAAGUGUGCGCAUUUUGUGAACAGUGAAGACAAGCGGCAACCACAUAAAAAAUGUUUCCCAUUAUGAAAUAAUUUUCUUAUACUGUAUAUAUUUUUAUAUAUCAGUUCAUAGGGUGACAGUUACUGUAGCGUGUUUAAAAGAAUGGAAGAACUUAGAAAGCUCGAGCAUCUUUCCCUCGUGUCAAAAAUUUGCACGGAAUUAGACAAUCAUCUGGGGUUAGCCGAUAAAGAUCUGGCAGAGUUCAUCAUUCACUUGGCAGAAAAACACGAAGGGUACAAGGACUUCCGUAGAGUCCUCUGUGAAAAUGGUGGUGGCGAUUUUCCCGAGUCAUUUACACAGAAUCUUCAUCGUAUAAUUACUCGAAUGAAGGAAGCGUCAAAAAACGAUGGCUUCGAAGCUGUAGCAACUGUAUUUGAUGAUGAGGACAAGCGCAAGAAAUAUCCAGGAUUGUCGAUUCCAAAUAAUAUUAGAUCUCGAACAUUCGAGGAAAACGAUUCAAACGAUUUAAAAAUCGCUCAAGACGCCCUAGCCGAACUCGAGGCCUUGGCGCCGUCAGAAGAAAUUAAAAUCGAGCAGAAAGGGUUCCGUUCUAAAUCUCGGCCGUCGGAAGGGCGCAAAAAGCGAUCUCGGUCACGGAAUGAAUCCCGUGAUCGUAAACGAGGCAGAUCUCGAUCGUCUGACCGGAAGCACGAUGAAAAGCGAUCCAGAGAUGAUUCAUCCCGAGAGAUACGUCGGCAUCGCAGCCGCUCUCGGGAUAAGGGGCGUUCGAGAGGACGCUCUCGGGAGCGAUCUAGAGACCGUCGAAUAAAGCGGUCUAGGGAACGUCGACGAUCUCGAGAGAACAAACGGGAAUCGUCGCAUUCUAGGGAACGUCCAUCAGGAAGUGGACCCCCAAACAGGCGACCUAUGUUGGAUGAAAAACCAGUACCAAAUAAAAUAUACAAUGGAAAAGUAGCGUCUAUAAUGAAAUUUGGCUGUUUCGUAUCGCUAGAUGGAGUUCGGGGCAAGUGUGAAGGAUUGGUGCAUAUUUCGCAGCUCCGAAAGGAGGGUCGAGUUACUGAGGUUACUGAAGUCGUACAGCGAGGCCAGCCUGUAAAAGUUAAGGUUCUGUCAGUGACCGGUAGUAAAACGGCGCUAUCAAUGAAAGACGUUGAUCAAGCAACCGGAGAAGAUCUAAACCCCGUAGACGACCGGGUAAUUAGGGUUGUGGAGGAUACUGCGGAUGCAGACAGCAGCUGUCCUGGUCCAAGUAGCCGGGGCUUCGAAGGCUUCGGACGUCUGGAGGACGUCGAUCAGGAUGUCGACAACAAGCGGAAGUUCAACAAAAUUUCAUCGCCCGAACGCUGGGAGUUGCAACAGAUGCUAGCGGCAAACUGCAUCGAUAAAUCUCAAUUACCUGAUUUCGAUGAGGUAACGGGCUUGCUACCGAAAGAUGAUUCCGAUGGGGAGGACAUUGAGAUCGAAUUGGUCGAAGAAGAGCCAGCUUUUUUGGCGGGACACGGGAGGCAAUCGCUCCAUGAUCUCGAUCCUGUACGCAUUGUGAAAAAUCCCGAUGGAUCGCUGGCGCAAGCUGCCAUGAUGCAAACGGCUUUGGCUAAAGAACGUCGUGAGCUAAAGCAACAGGCCCGCGAAGCUGAAAUGGAAGCUGCGCCUGAAAACGUUAAGCGACAAUGGAUAGACCCAAUGCCUGAGAUUGAGGGUGGUCAAAGAACACUUCCAAGUGCUGCUAGAGCAGCCCCGGCCGGUUCGCAGGACCUUCCCGAAUGGAAGAAAGCUGUUACUGCUGGAGGUAAAGCCACAUUCGGAAAGCGAACAAACAUGAGUAUUUUGGAACAGCGUCAGUCACUGCCAAUCUACAAACUCAAGGAUGAACUCAUUAAGGCCGUCUCCGAUAACCAAAUACUUAUUGUUAUUGGUGAAACCGGUUCGGGAAAGACGACCCAAAUUACGCAAUAUUUAGCCGAAGCGGGAUUUACUGCUCGCGGGAAAAUUGGAUGCACCCAACCACGUCGAGUGGCUGCCAUGUCAGUAGCAAAACGUGUAUCAGAAGAGUUCGGUUGCCGCCUCGGACAAGAGGUGGGUUAUACGAUCCGCUUUGAGGACUGUACCUCACCGGAAACCUUAGUGAAGUACAUGACAGAUGGUAUGUUAUUGCGUGAAUGCCUCAUCGACAACGAUCUAAGCCAAUAUUCGUUGCUUAUGCUUGACGAAGCUCAUGAACGGACUAUUCAUACGGACGUGCUGUUUGGUUUACUCAAAGGAGCGAUACAGAGACGCCCUGAGCUGAAGCUGAUUGUCACGUCGGCCACUCUAGACGCUGUGAAAUUUUCGUCGUAUUUCUUUGAGGCGCCUAUUUUCACCAUCCCCGGACGGACCUUCCCUGUCGAGGUGUUGUAUACAAAGGAGCCAGAAACAGAUUAUCUGGAUGCAUCGUUAAUUACAGUGAUGCAGAUUCAUCUGACAGAACCUCCCGGAGAUAUCCUUGUAUUCCUGACUGGUCAAGAAGAAAUCGAUACAGCCUGCGAAAUUCUUUAUGAGCGUAUGAAGGCCCUUGGACCUCAGGUCCCCGAACUCAUCAUCCUGCCCGUGUACUCGGCGCUGCCAUCUGAAAUGCAGACUCGAAUUUUCGAGCCUGCCCCUGCUGGCUCGCGUAAAGUCAUUAUCGCCACAAAUAUUGCUGAGACAUCGCUAACCAUCGAUGGUAUCUAUUAUGUGGUGGACCCCGGUUUUGUUAAACAGAACGUUUAUAAUCCGAAGACUGGUAUGGACUCGCUUGUCGUGACGCCCAUAUCUCAAGCUCAAGCAAAACAGCGGGCAGGCCGCGCAGGCCGCACGGGACCAGGCAAAUGCUAUCGACUCUAUACGGAGCGCGCCUAUCGGGACGAAAUGCUAACCACUCCAGUACCUGAAAUUCAGCGAAUGGAUUUGGCCAUUACGGUGUUGCAACUAAAGGCAAUGGGCAUCAACGAUCUCCUGUCGUUUGACUUUAUGGAUGCCCCGCCACCUGAGGCGUUGAUUAUGGCGCUUGAACAACUUCACUCGCUUGGAGCCUUAGACGAUGAAGGCUUGCUCACGAGACUUGGACGAAGAAUGGCUGAGUUCCCUCUGAGCCCGCAGCUGGGUAAACUUUUGAUUAUGUCAGUACAUUUGGCAUGUUCAGACGAGAUUCUGACCAUUGUCUCAAUGCUGUCCGUGCAAAACGUAUUCUACCGACCAAAAGACAAGCAAAAUAUGGCUGACCAGAAGAAAGCCAAAUUCAAUCAGGCCGAAGGUGAUCACCUCACACUGCUAGCAGUGUACAACUCAUGGAAGAAUUCGAAGUUCAGCUCGGCCUGGUGCUAUGAUAACUUUGUACAGAUGAGAACCCUUAAACGAGCCCAGGACGUCCGUAAACAGCUGUUGGGUAUCAUGGAUCGACAUAAGUUAGAUGUUGUUUCCUGUGACAAAAAUAUUGCUCGAGUACAGAGGGCUAUUUGUUCAGGCUUUUUCCGAAACGCUGCCAAAAAAGAUCCGCAGGAAGGAUACAGAACGCUCGUUGACGGACAGGUCGUGUACAUACAUCCAAGCAGCGCUUUGUUCAACCGACAGCCCGAGUGGGUUGUGUAUCAUGAAGUGGUCCUCACUGCCAAGGAGUACAUGCGGGAGGUAACAACUAUUGAUCCGAAAUGGCUCGUCGAGUUUGCUAGCUCCUUCUUCCGGUUUGCCGACCCAACAAAGCUGUCGAAACACAAAAAGAACCUCCGCCUCGAGCCGCUUUAUAACAAAUACGAAGAGCCAAACGCUUGGAGGAUCUCGCGAACUCGCAGGAGGCGCAACUAAUCUCUUGGUCGCCAGUGGUUCGCUUAGGAAUCAAUCACACGCGUGAAUACACAAAAAUAAGAGUAAAGAGAUGUGUAUUUGUGGGUAAGAUUAUAGGCAUACAAGAUUGUCGAUUACACCACAGAGCAGUUCGAUCCAGUGCACUAUACUUGUUUGUAUACAUCCUAGCAUUUUUCAUUGUGAUGUCGAGUUUAUUUUAAUGUAAAUGAUGAAGGUUCCUUUGAAGAUGCAUAUCGUAAAUGCAUGUAAACGGUUUUUUCGAUAACAAUACUACUUGCCACAUAAGCUAAAUUAAGUAAGAAUUGAUGGAGGUGACCUAUAAUCGAAUUGUUGUGAUAGAUCAUUGUGACCCUCUUUGGUUAGGUGAUCGCUGAGCCUGUAAAUAAACGACUGAAUAAAGUUAAUUUCUAGUUUUUUUGCGUAAGGAUAACUUAACUGUUUAGAGAAUAUUUAUUGCCUCGACUCAGGCAGAUGGAAGUAGAUAAAGGUGCAGUCAUUCGUGCCGCGCUCUACCAAUUGAGUGUCGACCUUGUAUGUGACGUGUAAAUAUAGAAGUGAAAUUAUAA